AUGAGGGAGGAAGUCACCUGCCCCAUCUGCCUGGAGCUGAUGACUAAGCCAGUGUUCAUAGACUGUGGGCACUUCUACUGCCAGUCUUGCAUAUUAGAAAAUCUUGAGAACCAGCAACAGAAGUCACCUUCACAGGAAAACUACCAUUGUCCUGUAUGUAGGGCACAGUUUCAAAGGGAGAGCAUCCGGCCCAUUAAGCAGCUAGAAAGCAUCAUUGACACCAUUAAGAAGAUGGAGCAGGAACUUCUGUGUGAAAAACAUCAAGAGAAACUCUGCCUUUUCUGUGAAGAUGAUGUUCAGCUCAUCUGCUGGUACUGUGAGCGGACACCACAGCACAAAGGGCACACCACGGUCCUUGUUGCAGAUGCCUGUCAGAGCUACAAGGAAACCUACCAGAAUACUUUGGCAUACCUUAGGGAACAAGAAGAACAAUAUAAGAAAUGGCAAAUGGACAUAAGAGAGGAAAUAGAAGAUUUUCAGGAUGAUAUUCGGGAGGAAGAAGAGUGCAUCAAGUAUAGUUUUAAGGUUUUUCACAUGAUUCUACACAUGGAGGAGAAAUCUUAUCUCUGGAGACUAGAGAAUGAAAAAGAGCAAGUUCUGAAGAGACUGCAGGACAGUGAAGCCCAGUUGGAGAAGCAAAGCCAGGAACUCAACAAACUCAUUCUUGAACUGGAGAGGAAAUGUCAGGGCUCAGCCCAGGAGUUACUGCAGGAUGUGAGAGACACUUUGGACAGGAUUUCGGCUAUGAAGUUAAAUGCACCAGAGGACGUGUCUUUGGAAAUUCACGCUAUACCUGAUGUUGAUAGCAUUUUCUGUGAAUUGAUAAAAUUGUUUGAGACCAAUUAUGUUAAAGUCACUCUAGAUCCAGAUACAGCUCAUAAUAACCUACUUGUUAACAAGGACGAAAACGAGGUGACUUGUGGAUUCCCCCGAGUGAAGUAUGAGAGUCCUGCUAGGUUUAAAGACUUACCCUGCAUCUUGGGAUGUGAGGCCUUCACCUCAGGAAAAUAUGCCUUUGAAAUAUGUUUUUGUAAAGGAUCUGAGUGGGAUGUUGGAGUUUGUCUGGAAAACGUGCCAAGAGAUAAUAAUACGAGACGGGAUCCUGAGUCUGGAUUCUGGGCCAUCAGAAAACGCAAAGAUGAAUAUGAAGCCCUUACAUAUCCCCUAACUCCUCUUUCUCUGCAGGAUAUUAACUAUAUAGUGGUUUCUGUGGACUAUGAGUCCGGAUUUAUCUCCUUUUACGACUCGGUAUCUUGCUCUCACAUUUUUACUUUCCCAAAGGCCUCCUUCUGUCAGCCUAUCAGGCCUUAUUUCUUGAUUGGUGCAAAUUCUUUUCUGUCCACAUGUUCCCCAGAUUUUUAA